CUCCGCAUGGUCGACCCCAUUGUCCAUUUCGCGAGGCUGGAGAUUCUCGAAGUACUGUCUGUAUUUUGAGGAACACAUAGUACUAAAUGCCAUAGAAGGCCUCCAUCGACCUAUAAGAGUAUAGCGGUGCUUGAGACCAUCGCCGAUGGUUCGCUCGGCUUCCGAACCUAAAGCCGACAGCAUCCCACACUCCGGACCGCUUCAACACCACCAUCCUGGACGGAACGGAAUGGUCGGAUGGAGUCGAUAAGUUCCCCACACGCGCCUUCAGAGGCCGCCCCGGAUGCCGCACAGGGGGAUGAACCUCCUAAGACCAAAAGAGCGCAUCAAGCAUGCUUGAACUGCCGCAAGAGGAAGAGCCGAUGUCUUUUAGACAACGAUGGAUCAGUCCCAUGUCUUCGCUGUAAGCGAGACAACCUUGACUGUGUACUCGGAGGUAGCAAUCGUGGCGGACGAAGAGUCCGCCGCAAAACUGUAGCUGAGGGUACUUUACCUUCAUUGGCGAAUUACCAUCAAGAGGAGAGUAGCUUCCCAUUGGGAAAUGUUGGCACCACACCAUGGAUGCGGACCGAUCCUACACCUCAGCUGCCAGAGGGAGAGAACCAACUACAAAGGUCUGAAACAUCAACUUCUGAUGAGAUGACCUUUCCCAAUCUACAGAACCCUUCUGAUGCUCUUGGAAUUCUUGCUAGAGUUGCAGAAUCUAGCUCGGAGGAGACUGCACCGAACAGCAAUGCUCUACCGACAGCUCAGCCGGGCACAAUACCACCAGUGCGAACGCAAUUGUCAGCAACAUAUGGCUAUGUUCUACUCGACGAAGGAAUCAUCACCAUUUCAACGGUAAACCAAUUACUUGCACGAUACCAGGAGAACUACCAUCCAUACUAUCCACUAGCCCGCGUAGACACCUUUGACACCACCAGGCUGGCCUACACUGUGAAGAAAGAGCCACAUCUCCUGACGGCCAUACUUGUCAUCGCCUCCAAAGAUCUUGUCGAAGAGCCUUAUAUAUACGAAGCCUGUUCAGGGCAUAUGAAGAGUCUAAUAUCUACUGUGGCUGCUGGUGGUGACGCAGGUGUCGAAGCAGUGGAAGCUCUCUUGAUUCUUGCUGAAUGGGCUCCCUACACACAAAGAAGCUCAGGCAAAGUUGGGAAAGGCGAAGAAGAUAAAGAGAGCUGGAUGCACGUUGGUUUGGCUCUCCGGAUAGCUUACUUCCUGGCUGUAGACAAGUACUCCUUUCGAUUCGUAGACCAGGACAAAGAUCCUGAACAUGACCGCAAGCGACUCUUAUGGACCUCUGCUUACGUCUCGGACCGACAUAUUUCUAUACGCAUAGGGAAGGCAUUUUGGUCGAGGGGUCCUGGUCCGCUCACGACGCUGCGACGUGAGGACUAUCCUUCACUAAUUCCAAGCAACACCAACCAAGAAGACUAUGCAAGCAUCUUCCAAGCCAACCUGGAGCUCACACAACUGUUCAGUAACGUCCACGACACACUGUACUCGAACCCAGGGUCAAGUUUCCGCACGCAUAUGAGCGGAAGUUACAUCAAAUUUAUCGACGACUUUCGCGCAGCCAUAUACGGCUGGAAAAGUGUAUGGGGGACACUGACUUGCUCACCACCCCUUAAGGCUUGUCUACUAAUGUCUUAUGAUUAUCUACGGUUAUACAUCAAUGCUUUCGCCUUCCAAGCGACGAUUCUCCGCGCGCUCCCUACUGCCAAUGGCUCCGCAGACGCUCAAGGUUCGGGCAGCCAUAGUGAUCACCGCGGAUCCAAGAUGCAUGCCCCACAGCGCGUCUUUGUUAACAAUGUCGGCGCAGUUGGAGAUGCCAGAUUCAUCUACGAAGGUCUCGAUGCUGCAAAAGCCAUCUUAACCACUGCCAACAAUUUCGUCGACCCAGAGAAAUCGCUUCGCUACAUGCCACUGCGAUACUACCUCUACCUAGUCUAUGCUGGUGUGUUCCUCUACCGAGCACGUUGUACUGGCGUAAUCAGCAACGACGAAGAUCGCGCAAUCCGCGCCAUGAUCAAUGAAACUAUCGCUCGUCUCCAGCGUAGCAGCGUUGGCGCCAACAUUGGAAUCCAGCACCCAGGCUCCCGCUACAGCCAGCUGCUGCGGCUGCUCUGGGCUAAAGCACCGCGUAAAGACAAGUCCAGCAGUACCACUUUCCGGCAUCCGGGAACGCACGUAGCGAGCCAUUCGCUCCACGGUGCAAGUGGAGGCUACACUCCACUCACAGGCCAAAGCGGCGUCUCUGCGCAUUCGCCAUCCCAUUCUGGCAGCGUGGGCACGGCUGAGAGCCCCGCGAUGACAGAGCAAAUGGGUGAUUUCGGAUGGACAGAUCUAGGAGCUGUUGGCGACUUCGCUAUCAACGGGAGUGGAGCCACGGGGCCCGUUGAUGAGGCGGCGUUGUGGUCGGGAUUCUUGCCGCUGGAUAUGGGAUGGAGUUCUGUGAUGGGAGGGUCGGGGUUGGGGUGGGAUGGCAUGGGGUUUGAUGGGGCUGGGCUGGGUAUGACUUUCUAG